AUGGUUUCCAAUGCCAAAUCGCCUAAUGAACGAAGAAGAGGACACAGCAAAGUGGCGUCAUUUUUAAAACGCAUUGAAAGUGGCGGCAGCAAAACAAAGCGAUGAGGAAGCAACAGCUCCUUCAAUUUAACAGCUAACCAAAUCAAUAGAUUAGAUUAGAUUCUAGGGUUUCAGAUUCGAGAUCAAUCCUUUGUUUUUCUCUGUCAGAAUCCAUGGAUAACAACAGUAACUCAGACCAAAUUGUACUCGAUGGCAAACUCUACAGACUCCUCAAUUCUCUGAUCGUCGCUCAUCUUCGUGACAACAAUCUCACUCAGGCUGCAACUGCUGUUGCUUCAGCAACCAUGUCACCACUGAAUGUAGAAGCACCUCCCAACAGGCUUCUUGAGCUCUUUGCUAAGGGUCUUGCAGUGGAAAAAGAUGAUGUGUCAAGAAAGACUUCAUCUUCUCCCUUCCGCGAUUUGGGUGCAUCAUUCCCAGUGCCUCGUCCUGGCGCAACAGCCAUUGAUUUCAGCUUUGUGCCAGAUAUAAAAGGUUCAUCCAAGAGCUUCCCAAAGCAUGAGACACGACAUCUUUCAGAACACAAGAAUAUUGUCAGAUGUGCUAAGUUUAGUCCUGAUGGAAGGUUUGUUGCCACUGGAAGUGCAGAUACAUCAAUAAAGCUAUUUGAGGUUUCAAAGAUCAAGCAGAUGUUGCUUCCUGAAGCAAAGGAUGGUCCUGUGCGGUCCGUCAUACGAACAUAUUAUGACCAUAUACAACCAAUAAAUGAUUUGGAUUUUCAUCCGCAAGGUACUAUCCUGAUUUCUGGAGCCAAAGAUCAAACAAUAAAGUUUUUUGAUAUUUCAAAAACCAAUGCAAAGAGAUCAUCCAGGGUUAUCCAGGACACACACAAUGUUCGCUCUGUUUCUUUUCACCCCUCUGGGGAUUUUCUGCUGGCUGGGACUGAUCAUGCAAUUCCACAUUUGUAUGAUAUAAACACCUUUCAGUGUUAUCUAUCAGCAAAUCUCCUGGAUAUUAGUCCUAAUGGAGCCAUAAACCAGGUCAGAUAUUCUUCUACAGGUGCCAUGUAUGUUACAGCUUGUAAAGAUGGUGCUAUUCGGUUAUGGGAUGGCAUCACCGCCAAUUGUGUGCGCACAAUAAUUGGAGCACAUGGAACAGCUGAGGCUACCAGUGCAAUUUUUACAAGAGAUCAAAGGUUUGUCCUCUCCUGCGGGAAGGAUUCUACCAUAAAGCUUUGGGAAGUCGCCUCUGGAAGAUUAGUCAAACAGUAUCUCGGAGCUACACAUACACAGCUAAGAUGCCAGGCAAUGUUUAAUGAGACAGAAGAAUUUAUUCUUUCUGUAGAUGAAUUCAGCAAUGAGAUCGUUAUCUGGGAUGCGAUAACAUCAGAAAAAGUAGCAAAGUGGCCUUCUAAUCAUGUCGGUGCACCCCGCUGGCUUGAACACUCACCAGUAGAGUCUGCUUUUAUUUCAUGUGGAACUGAUAGGUCAGUUCGGUUUUGGAAGGAAAAUCUAUAGGUACAAAGUGAAGGAGUUCAAAGAUAGACGCUAAAUAACGAUCCUCUUUCUCACACUUUGAAUUUUACCCUGUAACAUCAGUAAACGCAUUCACAACAUGAAAUUGGUGGAUAAUCUUUUAGCAGUGUUUGAGUGAGAAUCAAAUUGAUUGAUGUUCUAAAA